UAGGUGUUUAUACUGUACUGUGGCUAAAUUGGGUAGGAAUAAAGCCUCAACAGAAACAGAUAUUCCAUCGCAGCACAAGAGUAAUGACUUCAUGAAUUUCUUUACUGAUAAAAUUUAAAUAAUCAGAAAUAAAAUUGGAAUUAUGCAAUCAUCUGUCACAGUACAACAGAAAACAGUGUCUCAUAAUUUUCUAUAAUAACUUCAAUCCUAUGCUGUCAUAGUUCCUGAAGAGCUAACAAAACUUAUCGAAACAUCAAAAGCCACAACAUGUAAGUUAGAUCCAAUACCAACCAAGCUCUUAAAAGAGGUAUUCCCUGUAAUCUCAGAACCUCUUCUUAAUAUUAUUAACUCCUCGCUAUCCUUAGAACAUGUCCUAAGAAACUUUAAAAUGUCAGUUAUCAAACUGCUUAUUAAGAAGCCACAACUUGAUCCUGGAGAACUGGCUAAUUAUAGACUGAUUUCAAAUCUCCUGUUUAUGCCGAAAAAUAGAAAAGGUAGUAUCCUCCAAAAUAUGUUCAUUUCUACAGAGAAAUAGUAUAUAUGAACAAUUUCAGUCAGGAUUUAGGCCUCAUCGCAGUACAAAGACUGCAGUUAUCAGAGUUACAAUUGACAUCUGACCGUGGCUGCAUUUCACUUCUAGUGCUUUUAGAUCUUAGUGAUGCAUUAGACAAGAUAGAUCACAACAUUCUCUUGAAUAGGCUAGAGAAUUAUGUUGGCAUUUGUGAACUUGCAUUAGCAUGGUUUAGGUCCUAUUUAGAAGACCGCUACCACUUUGUCUAUGUAAAUGAGUAAUUGUCAAACCAAAGAAAAGUAAAGUAUGGAGUGCCACAGGAAUCAAUUUUAGGGACUCUGCUUUUCGCCUUGCAUAUGCUUCCUCUGGGAGAUAUUAUCAGGAAUUGUGGAAUAAGUUUCCACUGUUAUGCUGACGAUACCCAACUUUAUAUUUCUUCAUAACCUGAUGAGAUUUCACAAUUCUCAAAAUUACCAGAGUGUAUCAAUGAAAUAAAAGAUUGGAUGGCCAGAAACUUUCUGCUACACAAUUCUGACAAAACAGUGGUAUUAAUUAUUGGACAAAAAACCUCUAAAAACUAGCCAAUUCUGGCCUAUUAAUAGUUCCUAGAAUAUCAAAAUCCACAUAGAAGAGGUAGAUCCUUUUCAUAUUUGGCUCCUAAACUAUGGAAUAGUCUCCCUAACACUGUUUGGGACGCAGACACACUCACUCAGUUUAAGUCUAGACUUAAGACUCAUCUAUUUAGCCAGGCAUACACCUAAUUUACCCUUCAACUCACAAUUAGGCUGCUUUAGUUAGGUCUGCAGUAACCAGAAACAUUGAUCAUGAUCUAUAUCUCUGCAAUAAAUUGAAUGGCAUCUAUGCUAAUAUUAUUCUAUUUGUUUCCCUGUCACAACCUCGGGACUCCUAUACUGAGGUCACCAGAACCGGCUGGAUCCAGCUCCAUUCCUGCUUCGUGUUGAACUCCACUGCUAUGUCGCUGAAUGAUGAUGACUAAUUGCAGCCGGUGCCAGUCAAACAUCACUUCAGUCUAUUACGAUGGACUUCAGAGGAUGAACUGAUGCCAACUUGAACCAUAAGACAUGGGAUACUUCAUAUGCCAUUGCCUGAACCUUGGAUUUAGGAUAGACCUCAACAAAAUUACUGGCCAGGUUGAACUGCGAUGAACCUAACUGAUCUCUGCCUACAUAACCUUGGUCUAAUGAUGGAAUACAUAGACUAUCAAUUAAUUGCCAAAAAAAAAUUCAUCAGCCAACUAACAAGGACAAUUUCAUCUAUGUGAACUUUUGCAGUUAAUCCAGGAUGGACUUCAAAUACAUUGGUUUUCAGUGAAGACUCUCAUUGAUCGCUUGUGUUUUGAGACAAUAGACGACACAUCUGCUGAGUUCAUCAACUUUGUCUCCAUUCUGGAACAUAUUCUGAGCCAUAGACUGAAAGGUCAGGUCAGUUGGUUUGGCUAUGAAAGCACACGCGGUUUCUGGGAUUACAUACGUGUGGCGUGUGGUAACGUCCCGCACAGCUGCAUCCACAGUAUUGAGAACAUGGAGAAUGUCCGCAGUUCUAAAGCAAAGGGUCGUGCCUGGAUAAGAGUAGCGUUAAUGGAGAAACGUUUGUCUGAAUACAUCUCUGCAGCAUUAAGAGACUUCAAAACUACAAGGAGGUUUUAUGAGGAGGGGGCAGUAGUUCUGGGGGAGGAGGCAGGUCAUCUGGCUGACACUCUGAUUGGCCUGAAUGCCAUUGACUUCAGUUUCUGUCUGAAGGGGGAGGGGCUUGACGAGAGCUGUCCUAUCGUCAUUGACUAUACACCGUACCUUAAAUUCACACAAACUAGGUCUGGCAGCAUCAGCAGUGAUGAAGAGGAAAUGAGAACGCUGGGCAGCAGUGGCAGUGAAGCAGGCACGCCUGAGUCUCACAUGGCCGCCUGUCUGAUGGCCGAUCAGAAAAGCUGGUUCAGCAAGAGCAAGCGAAUAGAUCAGAAAUACAGAGUCGUGCUGGAACAGAAGGGUUAUCUGGAGGAGUUGGUGCGUUUGAGGGAAGCUCAGAUCUCUGAAUUUGUCUCUCAGAAUAAAUCUCUCAUGCAACGACUCACAGACACUGAAAUCAGCCACAAACUGGAGAAAGAGCAGCUGGAGUUCAUCAUACUGGAGCUACAGGAUCAACUAACAGUGUUGAAGAACCAUGACCAGCGCUCCAGACAGGAGCUUACCUCUCACCUGACAAAUCAAUGGCCCUCACCUUCUGCCUUGGAUACCAAUGCAGUUGCCUUGGAUACACUUCUGUACAUGAAACGCACAGGACCAUGGGAGGAGAAGAGCUUCCAGAGUUUGGAGCAGAUGUCUGCUGAUAUGAGUCUCUCUCAGAUGUCUCUCGAUCCCGCACAACUGAACACACACAGUCUAGACGGCAAGGCAGGACUAACACACUGGCAUAAAGAAGGGAAAGAAGAUACUCCUUCGCUGAGGGGUUUGUGUGGAUCAUUGACCUCAAUGGCCAGUUACAAAUCUCUGGCCAGUCUGAAGUCCAGUGAGUAUCUGGCCAGUCCAACACCAGACAUGACCAGCCCAGGACUCACUCCGUCCUGAACACACAGACAUGUAUGCGCACACACAAAGACACUCUACCGCUUGAGAAAUGACGGUUUGGACUUCGAGUUGAAGUGAAGAAAUUGAAGAGAAAAAUCCAAAAGGAAAACUACCAGUCGGUACCAUGCUCAGAGCUUCAAUGGGACAUUUCUGACAACCCAACUCUGUUCUUUCUGACUGUUUUAGUCUGAUUUUAAGCUAAAUCUGUUAAACAAAUGAACAUCCUGUCAUUGCUAGUGUUCAUUCAUGUUUGACUUUAUAACAUUCACACAAGUUUAAUGGAUUAGAGUGAACGACAAUCUUGACUCAGGACAUCGAUGUAUUUUAGCUAUUUGUGGAACUACUUAGAUUUCAACAUCAAUUCAAUAACUGCUGUUUUUGUUUAAUUUUUUGCUUUUGUUUUGUUUUUUGCAUGGCAUUUUUAUUUUGUGCUUGAGGAAAUCCUGCUCUUAAAAUCUGUCCUGUGUGGAAAAUGAAGUUAAAACAAUCAGCUCAAACUAUAAAAAUGAGCAUGUUUCUCUUGCACAUUAUUCAACACAUUCAGGUCAGCAUGAAACUGUUUACAACCCAUUUUACAUCCACAACAGAACAUACUGUAUUUUAAACUAAGUUCAAAUUAUUCUAUUAGGGGAGAUAAUAUAGAAUGAGACUUUUUAUCCGUUAAAAAGAGAGCAAGAGGGAUGCCAGCCAAAAGUAAAUUUGUGGCGGAGCAAGUUAUUACAUUUUGAUUCAAGUUAACAAAGAUAAACAUUUUAUGUUUUCAAAAAUUAACUAAAUAGGGUCCGUGUUAAUUUAAUUAUGCUAGACUUUAAAAUGCACCACAGAUGUCGCCCUAAAAGUAUUGAAUUUGUUAUAUGACAGAGACAUCAGUGUUUGAUCACCUUUUGUCUUCUUAAAAUGAAUUAGACAUAGAGGUUUUUAUGUGCAUAGCGGAAUGCAGUAAAGUAAAAGGUUAAGAAUGACUCAAGUGGUGCUUUUUCUUCCGAUUGUGUUUCAGGUCAGAGUUUUAGCCUUUACAUUUUAGAGAAGUUAUGCCUUUACUGAUAUUUUGAAUGUAUCCUUUCUCUCUCAAGGCUUUUAAGUCAGAUUUGGUGAUUAUGCUUUUGUUUCUUCCUCUGACUUUUACAUUUGUUCUGUUGCAGUGUGACAGAAAUGAAUGGAGUGAGGAUAACAAGGGCAUUCUAAGAUGAAUAUCAUAUAUUCAUUAUAAUUAUGCCUCAAUAUAUUCCGUCAUAUUUAAUCGUAUGUGCUCAUCUAUGAUUAGUCAAUAAUAAAUUAAUAUAUGAACUAUAUCUUGAUGUUGAUUUUUUUUUUUUCUCAUUUGCUUUGGGCUAAAUGAAUAUUCCGGAUUUAAUACAAGUUAAGCUCAAUCGACAGCAUUGUGGCAUAAUGUUGAUCACCACAAAAAUUUCGACUCAUCCCUCCUUUUCCUUAAAAAAAGAAGCAAAAAUCGAU